UAAUGCAUCGUAACAUUGUGAAAGCCAGAACAUCUAUGAUUCAUGGCUUGCUUCAUACAUGCAGAAGUUAAAUUUGGGGGCGGUUUGAAGUGUCCUGGAGCGAGUUUUCUUUCAGACCAGCUCUUUGGUCAACAACUUUCCUCCUCCCUCUCUUCAGAGAAACAGUCACGCUCCGAGGAGCCUGAGCAAACUUCACUUCAGCUCUGCAAGUCUUAGACAAAACAAUGGCUGGGCGAGUGAGUAGAAGUUUGCUGAACUACUUCUCCAGGGAAAACUUUACCUUCAGGAGCAAGAAAUGUCUGCGUCAAAGUGUUACAUUCAUCUCACAGUGCCACGCAAGAUCUCUGUCCAGCGUGACCGCGCCUCAGCUGGACCUCAGCUCGCAUCUCGCGGGAAAGACGUACGCGGAUUUAUACGAGCUGUCAGUCAAAGACCCAGAAAAUUUCUGGGGAUCUAUCGCAAGGGAGAGGCUGACAUGGACCAAACUUUUCGACCGUGUAAAUGACUGCGAUCUUUCGAGCGGGAAAAUCAGCUGGUUUACUGGGGGUCAGUUAAACGUGUCUGUGAACUGUUUGGAUGUACACGUGGCAGAAGAUCCAAACAGAGUGGCGUUAAUAUGGGAAAAGGAUGAAGCUGGCACAGAAGUACGGAUCACCUACAGGGAGCUUCUGGAAAUGACAUGUCGCCUUGCCAACACAUUAAAGAGAUAUGGCGUUCAGAGGGGCGAUCGCGUGGCCAUCUACAUGCCUGUAUCUCCUAUGGCGGUGGCGGCCAUGUUGGCCUGUGCUCGCAUCGGUGCUGUUCAUACCGUGGUAUUCGCAGGGUUCAGCUCAGAGGCUCUGGCUGGCAGAAUUCAGGAUGCCCAGUGCAAGUUUGUGAUCACGUGCAACCAAGGCGUGAGGGGCGGCCGAAUCUUCGAUCUGAAGUCCACUGUGGAUGCUGCAGUGAAGAGCUGUCCGUCUAUCAAGCAUGUGUUUGUGGCCCAGAGGACCAACAAUAGUGUGCCAAUGGGCAAACUAGACAUUCCUUUAGAUGAGGUCAUGGCAAGGGAAUCAUCACUAUGUCCUCCAGAGCCCAUGGACAGUGAAGAUAUGUUGUUUAUGCUCUAUACUUCGGGCAGCACGGGUAAACCGAAGGGCAUUGUGCACACACAGGCCGGUUAUCUGCUCUACACAUCCCUCACACAUCAGUAUGUGUUCGACUACACACCAGGAGAUGUGUUCGGCUGUGUCGCUGACAUCGGUUGGAUUACGGGCCACAGUUAUGUAGUGUACGGGCCGUUGUGUAAUGGAGCAACCUCGGUUUUAUUUGAGAGCACACCUGUGUACCCUGAUCCAGGGCGUUACUGGGAGACAGUUCAGAGGUUAGGAAUAAACCAGUUUUAUGGAGCUCCUACUGCCAUCAGAUUACUCCUAAAAUAUGACGAAAGCUGGGUUAAGAAGUAUGACAGAUCAUCACUGAGGACGCUUGGAUCUGUCGGAGAGCCCAUCAAUCGUGAGGCGUGGGAAUGGUUCCAUAAUGUGGUCGGAGAUGGACGAUGCCCUCUGGUGGACACAUGGUGGCAGACAGAGACUGGCGGUGUGUGUAUUGCCCCACUGCCAGCUGAACCUGGAGCAGAAAUCCGGCCUGGCAUGGCAAUGAGACCCUUUUUUGGCAUCCAGCCGGCACUGAUGGGGGAGAAGGGACAGAUAAUAACUGGAAAUGAUGUCAGUGGAGCUCUGUGCAUCAGCCAACCAUGGCCGGGAAUGGCCAGGACCAUAUUCGGAGACCACCAGAGAUUCGUGAAUGCAUAUUUGAAACCAUAUCCAGGUUAUUAUUUUACUGGUGAUGGGGCGUAUCGCACAGAAGAUGGUUACUAUCAGAUCACAGGACGAAUGGAUGAUGUCAUUAAUAUCAGUGGGCAUCGGCUGGGCACCGCUGAGAUAGAGGAUGCUCUGGAUGAACAUCCAGAUGUUCCUGAGACUGCAGUGAUUGGAAUUUCUCAUGAGAUAAAAGGAGAAGUUCCAUUCGCAUUUGUGGUUUUAAAAGAAACUGCAUAUGAGAACCAACAGGCUGUUGUGGAUGAGCUGAGAGGUCUAGUGGCUACCAAAAUUGCCAAAUAUGCUGUUCCUGAACACUUUCUGGUUGUGAAGCGUCUUCCUAAAACACGGUCGGGAAAAAUCAUGAGGAGAAUUUUACGGAAGAUCGCCAUGAAUGACACAAGCAACAUGGGGGACAUCUCCACGUUGGACGACCCUUGCGUUGUUUCAGAGAUUGUUCAGGCCCACAAGCAUUACAGAAGUCAUGCAGCAAGGAUGUAAAAAGAACUGUUGGGAUAUUUGGUCCAUUGAAACAUCCGGUCAUCUACAGAGAAUGGAAAUUUCUGGAGAUAUUUGGUUUGAUGGACUAUGAAUACAAAACUGUGAUCACAGGGAAUUUAAAAGUAAUUAAGUAGCAUACCACUGUGAAACUUGGGUCGUGUCUGUCCUUCUGUAAUACUGACACGUAAACGUGCCUUUAGAUGUCACACACAUCUAAAUCAUUUAAGCAUUUUGCACAGUGUUUUCCUAUAUCUAGAAACGGGAUGGGAUUUGCUGUGUGUCACACAGUGUGGAACGUCAGCGUUUAAAAGAGAGAUGAUUUUAUUCCACACUGCUAAAAACAGAUGUGAUCUGGUAAGUCUCAACUACCCAGUCUUUCUUCUUUGAAACCUCUUAGGAGUUUCAAGCCAUUAUGUCUUAAUGUUCAUAACAACGACGGUCAUAAUAGACCGCUUUCAUCACAUCAUCACUAAAAUGUCACAUAUAUCACAUGUUUUUAUGAAAUGGAAUUAUAAUUAAUUUCUUUUAAGUUCAGUAUUUUCCCUUAUUAUGAAAAACAAAACCUUUAUUUUGAUCAUUAAAAUGUUUUUUAAAAAAUA